UCCGCUUCCUCCCUCUGUAGUUUGACGGAGCUGCAGAGUCUCCGUCACUCUUCGGAUGUUGCCGUCAGCUGUCGUGUUUGCUCUGGAGAACUAAGGCUGCGGAUGAUGAUGAUGAUGAUCGGUGGUUUCCAGAAGCGUGGCCCCGGCUGCACGCCUCCGGUGCCCGCGGAGGAGCAGAUGUUCUGACGGAAGAGGCUCCGACACGAAGCAAGCGGCGGCCACGGGGCGGAUUUUCACGCUCUUUCUCUUUCUUUCUCGACAAUGGAGGAACCCUGACUUUGACACUGAGCAACACAAUGUCUUGGGGGGAGUUCAUUGAGCUCCGUGACCUGAGGUCGAGAGAGCAGCUGGAGCUGACGGGCACGCGGUCACCGUGCUCACCUCCACGCCUGGAGAGGACGAAUGCCUUAAGGAUCAGUCCGGGGAGGGUCCCGGACCUGCUGAGCCGAGUGGGCAUCAUCAGGGUCCUGAGCAGCGCCCAUGACCCCCGGAUCCCCGAGGAGAAAGGAGAAGGACACAACUUCCAACCCUGCAGCCACGCUCAGCCCACGUGGUGUGACCUGUGUGGAGACUUCAUCUGGGGCCUCUACAAGCAGAGUCUGCAGUGUGUCAACUGCAGAUUCACAUGCCACUACCGCUGUCGUGCCCUGAUCCAGCUGGACUGUAGCUCGGAGCACAGCAGCGCGGUGGAUUACAUUGGAGUAGUGGAGCACACCAUUGAGACAGACACAAAUGUGGAUGAGACAACUGAACGGGGAAAGCAGGAGUUGUCGAGUGCUGAAAUCCACCAGAAGGUGAAGGAGUACAACGCUCAGAUCAACAGCAAUCUGUUCAUGAACAUGAACAAGGAUGGCUCCUAUACUGGCUUCAUAAAGGUGCAGUUCAAGCUGGCGAGACCCGUAUCCGUUCCCGCUCCAAAGAAAGGAAGCCAAGAUGCUUGUGGGAGGAGGGCCAGUGGUGUGAAACGCCGCACCUCCUUCUACCUGCCAAAGGAUGCCUCCAAAUAUCUGCACAUAAGCUCACGUACCUCUGCUCGGGAGGUUAUCGAGGCGUUGCUGAAAAAGUUUACCGUGGUGGACAAUCCUGGCAAGUUUGCCUUGUUUGAGCGCAGCGAGCGUCACGAUCAAGUUUAUAUCCGUAAGCUGUCUGAUGAGGAGCGUCCGUUGCGUUUGCGUCUGUGCUCUGGGCCCAGUGAGAAAGUCCUCAGCUUCGUGCUUAAAGAGAACGAAACUGGUGAAGUCAAUUGGCAUGCCUUCUCUAUGCCAGAGCUGAAGAACUUCCUGCUCAUUCUGCAGCGUGAGGAAGAGGAGCACGUCAAGCAGAUCAUUCAGAGAUACGCUUUAGCGCGCACCAAGAUGCGUGACGCUCUAGCCGGCUCUACUCCUGGCUGAUUCCACCAGAAACUUGGCGGUCAACGUGCACGCCUUGGCCGGACUAACCAGCCAACGCUGCAUGUCACGAUCCCAGAAAAACAAAACGGAAAAACGCGCCUCUUCGAUGAACGAGAGUGCGAUCAGGCCCGAGACCGUGAGAAGCGCUAGCGCGAAUGUGCGUGUGAAGUGGUGCGAGAAGUGAGGAGUGCCGUACACCUGGAGAGUCUGAUGUGCCAGAGAGAAUGAGUUGAGUGGACCAGAGGCUUUGACACGACGGUUGUAUCUUUACAGUGGAUACAUUGUGAUUAUCCUUUAGCUCAGCAGUGUUACCUCUCUGUAAAGAUGUAGCUAGAAGUGAGUUUUACCACCAAAAAUUCACACAAACCCCCUUUUUCUGUACUAUAAUCAUCAAUGCAGUUAGUGAAGUUUGGGCAUUGAUGAGAUCAAUUAAACCUAAUAUUUUGCCCCUUUAAAGACAGGGUUUUAACAGCCUUCCUGUUAUAAUUUGUUUGUAGAAUCCCAUGGAUACUUAUCGCUGAGAGGAAUUAGGGUUUUCACUUUACCGAAGCUCAUACGUCUGAUGUGUCCACUUUACACCCCUGAUGGGUGCAACUCUUUAUUUUCACUUUGUGGUUGUGACUGUAUGGACAUUUGUAUGCAUUUAUGAAUGUCAGAGAGUCGUGGAAUAAGAUGCUGUUGACUGGAAACCUAAAUAACUAAUGUAAAAUUUGUUUCACUUGUCUUUGCUUAUCAUUCCUGUUUGUUCUUGUUUUAUUCCCUCUGCUUUAACCAAGCGUUUGUCUGUUUGUUUUUACUAUCCCUGAAUCUAUGCACAAAUUAAAAAAAAGUUAUCCUCU